AUGGGUGUCAAUGCUUCAGAGCCAACCCGAACGCAAUCGCGGCCGAGUCAAUCUCAGGGGAGGCACCACCAGGCUCCGCCGGUGAAACGGUCUACGUCUUCGAGUAACACCGGCACCACGACAACCACAACGAGCUCGAAUUCUAACAAAACUGGCGCCGCCUCCUCCUCAUCCGGUGCUUCCUCCUCAGCCGCUAGUCGAACGUCCCUCGCUAGUCUCCGGGAAACCUUACCGGAAAAUCCUCACAUAUACGACGUCUCUGAGAUUCGAGCCGCCACCAACAAUUUCCUUGCUCAUCGUCUAUCUUCCUCUUCCUCUAAAGCCUCAUGGCGAUGCAAUUUGAGAGGGAAAGAGGUGGUCGUCUUCCAGAGAAAGUUCAGGCGGCGAAUCGCCAAAGACGAGCUCAGGGAUCGGCUUUCCGAUAUCUGCCGGAGCCACCACGGGAGCAUCAUAAACCUACUCGGCGCUUCUGUAUCCGGCGGCGGAGGAGGCGAUCACAUAUACCUAGUCUACGAGUACGUCAACGGAGCGUCCCUCGCCGAUUGCUUGAGAAAUCCUAAGAACCCUAAUUUCACAGUUUUAUCGAAUUGGACCUCGCGGAUUCAAAUCGCAACGGAUCUAGCUCACGGGCUCGAUUACAUCCACAACAAGACCGGAUUGAAAAUCGAGAACCUCGUCCACAAUCACAUAAAGAGCUCGGCGGUGAUCGUGACGGAGCCCGAUUUCAACGGUAAGAUCUGCCACUUCGGCACCGCGCAGCUAUGCGGAGAAACGCACGAAAUGUCACCGGAGAGAGACGGAUCGAGAAAUUCACAGCGAUCUGCUGUCAGAUUCGAAGGGGUGAGAGGCUACAUGUCGCCGGAAUUUCAAGCGUCGGGAAUCGCCACUCAGAAAUCAGACGUCUACGCGUUCGGAGUCAUGAUGCUGGAGCUUCUCUCCGGCGAGGAGCCGCUGAAGUACAGGUAUGAUAAAGCCAGCGGAGAUUUCGAGCGGACGUCGGUGAUAGAAACCGCGGGAGCGGCAGUCGACGGCGGAGAGAGCGAUGUAGAGGGGCGGUUGAGGAGGUGGAUGGAUCGGAGAUUGGAGGAUUCGUUUCCGGUCACGGUGGCGGAGAAAUUGACGAGGCUGGCGUUGGAAUGCGUGCAAGAUGAUCCGGUGAAUCGGCCGGAGAUGGGAAGAGUCGCCGGAAAAAUAUCUCAACUGUAUUUGGAAUCGGAAAAAUGGUCGACGAAUAUGAAACGGCCAAUAGAUAUCACCGUCUCGUACGCUCCAAGAUGA